AUGCGCUUCGGAGACUCGUGGGACGCGGGCCACAUCUUCCCGCCUCGGGAGCUCGUGCUCACGCGCGACGACAGGGAGCAGUACGAGACGCUGGCGGACCAGCUCGUGGCCGAGACCUUGCAGGCCAGCGAGGAGUUCAUCUCGGACCGUCGGUCGGUCGACCUGGAGCGAUGGAAGGUGGUCAUGGAGAAGGGCAGCAUGACGGCGUACCGUUCGCGGUCGCGCGGCCAGCGGCGCGCGCGCCGCGACAGACUCGAGACGGAGGAGGCGGUCGAGACGUCCGUCGUGCACCGCCCCAAGCUCUACUCGGCCGACAGCUCGCUAAGCGACCUCAUGGGCCGCGGCAACACGCACUUGUCGUGCGGCUCUUCUCACGACGGCGGCAGCUCGUACGCAGGCUCGGACUACUACGAGAGCAGCCGCAUCGACCCCGAGGCGCCCGAGCAGAGCGUGCUGAGCAAGUCGCGGCCGCGCAACACGCCCAUGGUCUUUGGCGGCGGCCGCAGCCUCAUGCGCGCGGCCACGUGCAAGGAGGUGAACGUCAAGGACCUGCGGAUACUGGCCCAGUUUCGGGGCCCGACCCAGCAAGACCCGUUCCGGUUCCAAGGCAUCAAGUGGAUCUCCUACUCGUCCAGCAAGACGGGCGGCUCGGUGGCCAAGCCCAGAGAUACCGUCACGCUCGAGUCCACGGGAUCAACGCUGGACGCGAACGGCGAACGCGUGUGCUACUUUUUGAACCACUCCGUCGAGAUCGAGGAAGUCCCGGAGUUCCGUAAGCACGGACUGGUGCGUCUGCUCACCUCAAGCUGCCGCAUCGUGCGGCCGUACAACAGCCAGGGAGAGGUGGAGGUGUAUUUCCGAGGCUACUGCAACGCCGGCGGCCACUUUGGCGUGAGCGCGUCGACGCAGCUCUUCUGCGAGUUUAUGCUGGACACGGCGCAGCUGGUGGAGGAGUCGUACAUGAAGAAGCUGGCGUGGUUCGUGCACGCGUACGCGCGGCGCCAGAAUGUCCACGCGGAGGAGGACAAGCACGAGGGGUGCGCGUGCUGUCAUAAGCUGCCCACCAAGGGCUUCAAGAAGCUGCUCGAGAGCACCACCACCUGCUUUCUGUGCAGACGAAAGGUCUGCAAGAAGUGCACGGUCAAGAAGAACUUGUCCAUGGACUCGUCGAGCAAGAAGAGCCUCGACUUCUGCCUCAACUGCUACCUCAAGGCCAAGCAGUUGUCGGCGUGGAGAGUGGCGCUGGCCACGCUGCCCAAGUAG